AUGCAGACGAGGAUCAGCGCGCUACAGGCUGCCGUUGACAGGAUAAGGACAAAGAUCGUUGAUCCCUACAACAAGAUCGUGGCUACGAUCACCCAGUUAGCCAGGCUGCAGAACCCCUCAACUCUGUCAACUCUGGCACCUGCUCUGCAUAGACGCCUAGAGACAAAGAGCGCUCUUGGCUGGCUAACAUUUGAGAAUGAGGACGUGUCGCUCCCUUUUUCAGAGUGCUACACAGAUUUUCUGACGGACGACUUUGAUGUGAAGACAUACACUGCGCAGGCUAUCCACCAUGCUGUCAUCACCGAGCAGCUGGCCAGGCUGGCACAGGGCAUCAGUCAGCUGGACAAAGAGCUGCACAGCCAGGUACCUGCCGACCCACCACACCUGCUCACUGGUAACUGCUGUCAUCCAUGGAGCAGCUCUGUUUCCGCCAAGUACUCUUUCCUACUGCACCCAUUCUCUACCACUUAUACACCAGUUGUGGCGAGACAUGAAGACUUACUCUCUCAGGCUACAGGGAUAGAGUCCCUUCAAAGUGUCCUUCAGAUGAUGCAGACGAGGAUCAGCGCGCUACAGGCAGCCGUGGACAGGAUAAGGACAAAGAUCGUUGAUCCCUACAACAAGAUCGUGGCUAGGAUCACCCAGUUAGCCAGGCUGCAGAAAUCAGUGGAUUUUCUAAUUGGGAGACGUGAGGAAACUUGUGGUUGUGAUGUGUUUGUGACAGGGAUCCAGAACACUGACGCAGCGUGGUAUCAGUGUUUGACAGCCCCGCUCAGCGACGACCAGAAAAAGCAGCUCCAGGAGAUCUACAGCAUCUGUCAGCAAAGGCGGAGCACAGCUGCCAAGGGCCACUGA